AUGCCGGGGAGCCAAAACCACGAGUCGGAGGAAGAGCGGGAGGCUCGCAUCUCUGAUCCUGAGAUUGAUGAAGGAGAACAAGAGGAAGAAGAUGUGCCGGAAAAUGACGAAAAUUAUGAUUACCUGCAGGCGACUCGGCGGCUGGACGCGGACGAGCUGCAGGCGGAGGAAGAAGGCGAAAGGCUAAUAGAUGAACAAGCAGAUGAUGGUUUUGUUUUUGGAAUGAA